AUGCUCCAUGAAGAAGAAGAUACACUCACCAGAACAGCAAUAAGACUAAAAGAGCUCACCCACCAAGGGAAUAAAGAAGUAAAAGAGAUAAUAGACAGAAUGAACAGGAAUAUACAGCAGGAUAUGAAUAUAACCAUAGAAUACGUACUAAACACAAUAAAUGAACUAUUCCAGUGCGACACACUGCACUCAAAUGAGAAGUACGCCGUAUUAGACGUAUUCCACCAACUACUCGAAGAGUUCUUAAACAAAGGCAUAAAACCCGAUUUGCAGAGGAUCCCAGGGUCGCUUGGUAAGAUGAAAUUCUUGAAGAAUGAGAAGAAUGUGGAGAGGGCAGUCGUUGUAUACUUAAAGGUAAUUAUGCUAAUGCUACAAGUGGUGGACACACCCGAUCACAGGAUAAGCAUUUUUAAAGUGUUCUGUACGCUGUUUAUGUCUAAGUCAUUCAUUACCAGUACAAAGUGUGGGUAUUUAAUACCGGGUAUGUUCAGGGAGUUCUUAGGGAAGUACCCUGGGUUUAUACACAGUUUAUUAGACAACCAGGACAAGUUGAUUAUGUGCCCUGCUUUAUUAGAGGUGGUCCUAUUAUCAUCACAGAGGAUAACGAAAGUACUAUCAAGACUGGUCGUACUUGACUGUAUAAGGAGGAAUACGAACCAGUUGGUUUUAAUGAUGCACGGGAAGGGUUUUUACGAACCAUUCUACUUUCAGACGUACAUGGAGAGGGAGACUGGCCCCGUAUCGGAGAUAUUCCCCAUAUUCUGUAAGGAGUCCUUUUUAGAGUACUUGUUCUUAGACGUAGGUACACGCAUUACCAGUAAGUGCACGGUUGGUAGUGUGAUUGAGAAGGUUUCUGAGGAGAGUACGCUGCCUCUGAUUAGGCUGUUAAAGGACCCUGGGCGUAAGUCGGAGUGUGCCUACUGCGGCGUAUCAAGGGAUUUAGAAGUACAUGCAAGUAACAAGCAGAGAGUAGAAGUAGAAUUAGAGGAGUUUAAUAAGACAGGAGAGGUUGACGGGUUAGUUGAGUUAAUGCGAGUGAUCGGGUACAGGGAGAGUCCUGCACUGAGUGCGUGUAGGUUAUUACGGUCGCAUACAGAUACAAAUUUACAGAUGCUUGGGAAGUGCCUGGGGAGGGAAGGGGCAGAUGCAUUUUUAGACGUGUUCUGCUCGUCAUUCGAUUUUUCAGAGUACGAUUUAGUCACGGCCCUGCGAGUGUUCCUGCUGAGCUUUACACUCCCUGGGGAGGGACAGAAAAUAAACAGGAUAAUUUCGGCAUUCUCUAAGAAAUACUCUGAGGACCAGAAGCAGGACAGUGAAACGGUCAUUUCUAUAGCAAUGGCAGUUAUUUACAUUAACACAAGCAUACAUAAUGUGAAUACGGUCAAGAAGAUCUCCUUAGAAGAGUUUACUAGGAUAAUCAUGAAGACGUGUAAGGAUGUGGAUGUAGAGUACAUUGAGACACUCUACGGACAGAUUAAACAGAGAAAGCUAGAAGUACCGAAGAGUAAUUACGUAUCCUCAGAGCAGAUAGAGUUCUCUGAGCAACAGUGCGAGUCAGACGUACACUUACACACGGUCAUGGCACCCAGUGAGAGGUAUAAGUACUGCAGUAACUGUACACUGGCUGUGUAUAACUAUAUGAUUAAUACGUACAGUAUCAGUAAAACAGUCACGCACAGGGGGACACCACAAGAAAUAAAGGCGUACAUAAAAGUGUGCGCACGCCUGGGGAUGAGUGAUACGGUGGUGAGUGCACUGCGAAUGGUACGUGACCCGUACUUAUUAAUUAAAAUAAUCGGGGAUUUAAAGUACUUGCUAUGCAAAUUAUGGCCGGAAUUUAUUGAUGCGAUCGAGCGACUGUCCCUGCACAGGGACGACUCCGGGAAUGCACCGCGAUUCUUUCGGAAUAUUUUCACGUUCGGGAAGGAGCCUAAAAAAGACAAAAAAGACAUCUUCCCCGAUUUAAUGAUCCCUGAAAUUAUGGAAGAAAUCAGGAACAUCCCGGAUAAUGCGGUGGUGGAGAUGGCAGCUACCCUGCAGAAGAAGUUAGAGGAUGGUAAGACUAAGUCACUCUGUAAACUAGCAUACAUUACGCUUACGAAUACGUCAGAAAGGAUCAGCACCGUAUCACAGUUAUUUGAAACCCUUAUAAGCACGGGGGGUAUCCCCGUACAGGAGAUGGUCACAGUCUGUGAAUCAGCACACUUUAGUACUCUACUGCACGUACUAGCAGGGUUCCAGUAUAAGCCAUCUAAGCACAUAACAACAGCAGUUAUCUCAUUACUACAGUACAUUAUAUCGGUACUAUCAAAUAAGUCACUGUCCAUUGUGGAGAUGAACAGUGUAAAGGAGUGGAUGAGGGCAUUAAUAACCUCAGAGGCAUUCAAACUUAAAAACACAGAAGUGGUCAGUUCCAUAUGGAGCACAGUUGAAGAAGUCUCCUUGCAACUGGACACGGCCGGGUUUGAUGGGUUUGAAAUAUUCAUAAAGAUGAAGGAGUCCCUCACAGUGAGUGCACAGAAUCAGAUCAUCAUUAAUACAGUAAUGUAUUAUAAGAAUAUAAACAGAGUACUCCUGUGCCUAGACAUAAUAUCCAAAGAUACCGAACUUAAGAAUACAUUUAUAAGUAUGAUAUCCACAGUUAUACAUAAGGACAGGUACGGAUGCAUAUCAAUUAUGGAGAGCUGUGAGCAUGUGAUAGAAUCAAUCCCUGACGUACAGGAAAGGAUCGAAAGUAUAAUAUUUAAUGAAGUAAAGGAGGCAGGUGCACAGAGCACAAGUUAUCUUAAGAGACUAGUGGAUAAAAUGAGCAUAAAGUCAAAUGAGCAGAUUGUGGAUUUAUAAAGGGCACUAUAACGGG